CUUGGAUUUUCAUCGCACCAAUUGCUUGGAGCGCCCUCUGCGAAACGUCAUGCGCGCGUCGCGGAUCCUGGCAGCGGUCCGUCUGGGUGAGACCGAGGUGAACCAAGCGCUGCAGAGGCUGUCGCCCGCCUGGAGGCUGAGUCCCGCUCCUUGUUUGGAGAGGACUUUCCAGUUCAAGAACUUUCAAGCCGCCUUUGGCUUCAUGUCCCGAGUUGCCAUUGCUGCGGACAAGGCGGACCAUCAUCCCAACUGGAGCAACGUGUACAACACGGUGGAUGUGAAGCUUUGGACCCACGAUGCCAACGGCUUGACCGAGAAGGAUUUCGCGCUUGCGGCGGUCAUGGACGAGGCUGCUACAGAUGCAGGCAGGCGCCUUUGGAAGAGGCUGACCUGUUCACUUCCCCAGAAUCAGCUCCCGUUUUCCUUUUUUGUUUUUUGGGGUCCCUUUGUUUUCCACUAACCAGCCAAGCGCAUGCCAAUUGGACCGCGCCUUUGCACAGCUGAGCCCGAUUCUGUAGCUUAGUCAUUCCCGGCACAAUCUGAGUUUCAAGCCUCCCAAAUGGAGGGCUCAAUGACUUGCUGGUGCGAUAGCUAGGGAAGGACC